AUGGCGAGCUCAGUGACGCUGCUUCUAUGGAGUCUUCUUCUUCUGGGAACCAUAAGCGCUAUUCAGGCCAAAAAGUCCAAGGAGAACUUGAAGGAGAUCACAAACAAGGUUUAUUUCGAUGUCGAAAUUGAUGGGAAAGAAGCCGGUCGUAUUGUCAUGGGUCUAUUUGGCAAGACAGUUCCUAAAACUGCAGAGAAUUUCCGAGCUUUGUGCACUGGGGAAAAGGGAAUAGGUAAGAAAGGGAAGGCUCUCCAUUACAAGGGAAGUUCUUUCCACAGGAUCAUACCAAGCUUUAUGCUUCAAGGAGGCGACUUUACAGAUGGAAAUGGAAUGGGAGGAGAAUCUAUCUAUGGUGAGACGUUUGCUGAUGAGAACUUCAAACUCAAGCAUACCGGUCCAGGGUUUCUAUCAAUGGCAAACGCCGGUGAAGACACCAACGGAUCACAGUUUUUCAUCACUACAGUAACAACCAGCUGGUUGGACGGGAGGCAUGUAGUAUUCGGGAAGGUAGUGAGCGGAAUGGACGUGGUUUACAAAAUCGAAGCUGAAGGUAACCAGAGUGGAACACCUAAGGGUAAAGUUGUGAUUGUGGACAGUGGCGAGCUUCCUCUGUAA